AUGUUAUCUAGAUCAUCUUUAAUUAGAACUACCACUAAAUCAAUUAAUGUUCCAAGAAAUCAAUUUAAAUCAAUCACCAAGAGACAAUUUUUAUUUACAUUAACAAAACCAUACAUACCAAAACAUUUUACCCCAGUUUUUAAAAUUUCAAAUGAUAUAAAAAGAUUUCAAUCAAGUGGCUCAGCAAAUCAACCAGAUCCAAAUUCAGAUAAAGGGGAAUUAUUAAUAGAAUUUACAUGUAAUGUAUGUGAUACAAGAUCAAAACAUAAUAUGUCCAAACAAGCUUAUGAACAUGGUACGGUAUUAAUUCAAUGUCCAAAAUGUAAAAGUAGACAUUUAAUUGCUGAUAAUUUAGGUUUUAUAAGAGAUGAAAAAUUUAAUUUAAAAGAUUACUUAGAAAGUGAAGGACAAUCUAUAGAUUCAAAUGUAUUGGAAUUUAAUAAAGUUCCUGAACCUUUAGCACAUAGUUCUGGUCAAACUGCUAAUGAAUCAAAACCAAAAGAAGAAAAAAUUUUGGAUUUAGAAGCACCAUCUGGUGAUAAUGUAGUUAAAGAUACAAAAAAAGAUUAA